GGUGUGGAUUAAUUUUCUAAAUAUUUUUCGUUCAUGAUAAGAUGCACUAGAACUACUGACUGUUGAUUGCAUAAAGAGAUGGAAUACGAAAAUGGAAUCAGCUGACUGGAAGACAUUAUUUUUCUGAAGAAUUGGAGAUUGAGACUGCGUAAUGAGUUGUCGCUCUUUCUGAGAAGCUUAACAAAAUGAUUGUUGAUGGCGCAGACUACAGUUCUUGGAGAUCAUUGGUUUUAGAGAUUGAAACUGCAUCUCCAGAGGAUAUAGAUGCUAUUUCCUUAGCGUAUGAGUCCUUUUUGUCAAGAUUCCCAUUGUGUCAUUGGCAUUUGGAGAAAUAUGCAUAUCACAAGGGAAAACGAUGCGGUCCUCAAGAAGCUGUUAAUGUUUAUGAAUGUGGGGUGGAAGCAGCAAAGUUUUCGGUUGGUUUCUGGGUUGAUUAUUUUACAUUCGGUGCAACCUGCUUUGGAGACCCUGAGGAUGUUCGUCGAUUAUUUGGAAGAGCUGUCUCAUUUGUUGGAAAAGAUUACUUUUGCCAUAUACUAUGGGACAAGUACAUGAAAUAUGAAUUCAGUCAAGAGGGUUGGAGCUUUCUUGCACAGAGUUAUAUCCAAGCACUGAGGUUUCCUACGAGGAAGCUGCACUUUUAUUAUAAUAACUUCAAGCAGUUUAUUGCCAAUUUGGAAGAAGAAAUGGGAUAUGAAAAGAAUAACAGCAGCGAAGUAGAGCAAGUUUCUGUUCCUUGUGCUGCAUUGGAGAUAUCUAGGGACGAAAUCUCUCUUGUCGUAAAGGAUUUGCUAGAUUCUUCAGAUAGAUCCCUCAAGUCCAAAGCGCUGGAAAGAUAUAGAUCUAUUGGUGAAGGAUUUUAUCAUGAAGCAAGCCAGACUGAUGAAAAAAUAAAAUGCUUUGAGGCAAAAAUUCGAAGGCGAUAUUUUUAUGUAACUCCUCUUGACAAUGAUCAACUAGAUAAUUGGCAUCUCUACCUGGAUUUCAUCGAGAAGCAAGAUAACUUGGACUGGACCAUGAACGUAUAUGAGAGAUGCUUGAUUCCCUGUGCCAAUUACCCUGAAUUUUGGAUGCGUUAUGUGGAGUUCCUGGAAUCUAAAGGUGGAUGUGAGCUGGCUAACUCUGCCCUAGACCGGGCAACUCAAAUAUUUUUGAAGAAUGUGCCAGAGAUCCAUAUAUUCAGUGCAAGGUUUAAGGAGCACAUAGGAGAUGUCAAUGGUGCCCGUGCUGCAUUGCUUCUGUGUGAUACAAAAGCUGAUUUGAGCUCCGUUGACAACGUUGUGACACUAGCUAACCUGGAAAGACGUUUGGGAAAUUUUAGAGCAGCUUCUGCUACGUAUGAGAAAGCACUCAAAACCGUGAGGGAGAGGCAAAAUCUACAUCUUCUUCCCAGUCUGUAUUCUCAAUAUGCCCGGCUUACCUUCUUGAUAACAGGUAGUGCAGCUGAUGCUAGAGAUGUACUAGUUGAAGGGGUACGGCAUGUGCCUCGCUGCAGAUUCCUUAUAGAGGAAUUGAUAAAAUUUGCAAUGACCCAUGAAGGAGCAAGCCAAGUGGAUAUCAUUGAUUCAGUCGUGGCUGAUGCCAUUUCAUCUGGAUUAGAUGAAUAUGAGGGUUUCAAUGCCAAAGAUCAAGAGAACAUAUCCUGCUUGUUCUUAGAGUUUGUCAAUCUUCGUGGAACUGUGCAUGAUAUAAGAAAGGCCUGGAAUCGUCAUAUUAAACUAUUUCCCCAGUUCCUGAGGAUGAAGACCACACGUAAGCACAGUAGGUCAGGCCAUCCCUUGAUAGAUGUGGUCGCAGACCAGAAGGGAGACGAUGCCCAUCCUGUUCAUGAUCAGCCAUCCAGAAGACCAUGUUUUGGCCAUCCUAUCCAACUUCAAGGGCAAGAACAGGCACUUCCUACCAAAGCUGUAGAAUUUUCCAGUAAAAAUGCAUCCCACUACAAUGAGCCAGCUCAUAAAUUAUCAUGCCAAUCUAGAGAAGACAAACCGGGAUCUACAGUUGUAAUUGCUCAAUUAGCUAAUCAGGCCAUAGAGAAUGCUUUGGAUGGACGCAACCUAGAUCAGGACCUCUCAUGCAAACCUAGCGGAGACGGACUGGGACAAAUUGAUGUUAAGGCUGAAUUAGCUAAACAGUCCAAAGAAAAUGCUCGGAGCCUGCACGAGUCAGCUGAAACAAUUGAGUCUGUUGAAGCCUCUCACUCUAGUUUAAUUUAUGUUCAGCCAGAGUUGGAUCAUGAGUUGAGACAGCAGAAUCAUCCAGUUUCUUUGGAUGAUAUUUCCUUAAAUUCUCAGGGAAAGGAAUCUCAGGAGCUCCCCAUGUCUUGUGAUGAGUAUGAUACAAGGAGAGAUGUACCUGCAUCUAGUGAGAGCACACCGCGAGGUACCUCAAAUGUUAAUUCUAAUUCUUCUGCCGGCCCAAAAAGCGGUCAGAAGGUUAAGUAUUCAGAAGUUCAUGAUGAAUCAGAAAAAAAUGGAUCAGUGAAUCGUCAGCAAAAUACACCACCAAAAGUACAAAGUGAUCAAGAAUAUCCUUCUAAUACUAGUGAGGACUCAAUUGAAAUAGAUCACAAGGUCCAGGGCCCUGGAAGUGCAACUUCAGGUUUCCAAGAGCAUGCACAAGAUCAAGAGCAUCAGUUACAACAGUCUCUCUACCAAGAUAACUGUGGAGCUAAUGCAUCAGACAGAAAGAUACUUACAAAUCUAGGCGAUGCUCAGGAGGACUGGGAUAGGCAUAAACAUAAUCAGGCACAAUUAGGGGUUGUUCAGACAGAUAAAGCAACUGGCCAAGACCAGCCAGUGAGCUCGACGCCACCUCCAGUCACUAUCUCUGCAGGACAACUACCAGAAUCCUCCCAACCAGUUUCUUAUCCUCAACAAAAUCAAAUUACUUCGUCGUGGCAAACACAGCAAGGCCUAACUGUGAAUCAGAUGUUACAGUAUCAUUACCAUCAGCAGCAAUUAUUGCAGCAGCAGUAUCAGCAGCUGCAUAUGCAUCAUCCUUACCUCCAACUACAACACCUUUAUAUGAAUCAGCAAUCUUAUCAACUGCAGCCACAACAGCAUAAUCAACAGCAAGUGCAGCUGGUGCAUCAGCAACAAUAUGUGCAGCAACAGCAGCUUCAGCCACCACCUUGUCAGCUGCAGCAACAGAUACCUUCAUUUCAGCAGUCACAGCCACAAAUGCAGCAGCAACAUUAUCAGCAAAGCCAGCAGAUGCUAGGGCAUCAGGGGUUACAGCAAGGUCAGGAGUCUCAUCUGAAUUAUCAACAAGCACAUGAGAAACAAUUUCAUCAACCUCAGGACCCAGCUUUUCAAGUGCAUCAAUUAGCAUAUCAACAACAAGCAUCUCAAGGGCAGCAGCUGCUUUUGCAGCAUUACCAGCAAUAUCAGGGUUAUCAGCAUCUACAGCAGCAGCAAUCCCAGGAAGGACAGCAAAACAUACAUCAAUAUCCAGGGCAGAAGCAACAAGAUGAACUUAUUGAACAGCAUUACCAACAAGUCACUUCGAAACAAAAUUCAACACAAAAUAUGAGCCAAAACCAGAAGGUUUCUAAAACUGCCCUACAGGAUCAUGAUGGAGUAGCCGAACCUUCUAAAUCUCCACAUCAUCGGGUUCAGUCACCACAAGUCUUGCAAUAAUUUCAGACUGCUGACGGAUCGUAAUUCUCCUCAUGGCAACAGCAGUUGCCUCAAGUCACAGCAUCUCAGCUCCUCUUCAACUGGCAGAGCUUACAUUUUGCAGCAGUCUUUCACCAAAUGAGACGCAUAGAAGUACUGUUUAUAGUUUGCAACCAAGAUUUGUCGAUAACUGCAUAAAUAUGUUAACCUGGUGUAUGCAUCUUACAGGCGUUAGUUAGAAGCAUGUGGAAAAUUUUCGCAACACAUAAGGACCUGUGCAAAGCUGCAUGGCCGUCUGAGAGGAAUCAUUUUUCCAGCCCAUUCAGUGAACAGACUCUAUCAUACUCUUUUUCGUAGCAUAUUUAAUUCAGACCGUCCACCCUUUUAGUUUUUAAAAAAUAGAAAGU